GAUGCCUCGGGCAGCGCAUGCGCAGAAAGGUGGCAGCUCAGGAAGAGGAAAAUAGGAAAAGAGCAGGGGAAGAGAGGAAAAUAAGAAAGGGAAAGCGCUCGGGAAAGGGUCGGCGGGCUCUGCAUAUAAACAGGGGCGUCCGGUUAAUGAGGGAGAGGGGUCAGCGCUGGGGCUGCUUGUUGUUACUUUAUUACUAGGCCCGAGCGCUCCACAUAGGCCUAAACUCGGGGGGGUGUCCGCUUCUUCCUGACACCCAGGAACCCACUGUGCGUUAUAUCAGCUCCUCUCUCUCACCCCUCCAUGGUGGCGCCGGGUAGCGGGGGCGGAGCAGCAGCAGCAUGAACAGCGGACUGACCUCGUCCCCAUCCCCGGUAGUAGUGGCAGUAGCAGGUCUCGCGGGGGUCCCCGGGGCCAAACUUAAGUUCUGCCGCUACUACGCCAAGGACAGGACGUGCUUCUACGGGGACGAGUGCCAGUUCCUACACGACGACCAACUCGGGGGGAUCCACGGUAAUGGCAACUCCCCGCUCAGCCUUCCCGGCGGGGGCCCAUCUGCUGUCUACUCGCAGGCCGUCACCCCUGUGGGGAGUAAGAAGGUGGAACUGGCGGGACUGGAAGCCCAGCGCUUGUCCAUUCCUGGUUUAGAUGCUGGUGCUAUUCCAGACACCAGUCUUACAGAUUCCUACUUCAGUACCAGCUUUAUUGGUCUUAAUGGAUUUGGAAGUCCUGGUGAAGCGAACUAUCCAAGAAUGCAGCAAAGAAUGACUAACAGCAGCAGUUCCCCCAGCCUUCUUAAUGACAGUGCCAAGCCAUAUGCAGCCCAUGACCCUUUAGGUUCGCCCGCCUCAGCAAUGUUUAACGAUUUUGGUGGACUCACUAUGUCUCAACGACGAAAGGCUCCUAAUCCAACUGCAAAUGAGUUUAUUCCAAAGGGUGGAUCAACUUCAAGGUUAAGUAACAUGUCCCAGUCCAGCAUGUCUGCCUUUUCCCAAGCUCUGUUCUCACAUCCAUCCAUGGGAGGUCCUACUGGAGCUGGCCUUGCUCCAGGCAUGUCCCUGUCCGCUGGAUCUUCUCCACUGCAUUCCCCGAAAAUCACACCCCACACCUCUCCUUCUCCUCGACGAAGGAGCCAUACGCCGAACCCUGCAAACUACAUGGUGCCUACCAGUGCCUCGACUCCUGUCACAAAUUCUGUCUCCCAGCCGCCAUCAGCAGCAGAGGUCAUUCAGAAAGCAACUGUGGGUGGCACAACCUAUUUCUACACAGAUACGACUCCAGCACCGCUCACAGGAAUGGUUUUUCCAAACUAUCAUAUUUACCCUCCAACUGCACCACAUAUUGCUUACAUGCAACCAAAAGCAAAUGCACCGUCCUUCUUUAUGGCAGAUGAGCUGAGACAGGAAUUAAUAAACAGGCAUUUAAUAACAAUGGCUCAAAUCGACCAAGCAGAUAUGCCAGGAGUACCUGCAGAAGUUGACAGCUACCAUAGCCUCUUUCCACUGGAACCACUGCCUCCUCCCAAUCGGAUUAAAACAAGCAACUUUGGAUAUAUCACGUCAUGCUACAAGGCAGUAAACAGCAAAGAUGAUUUGCCUUACUGUCUACGCAGGAUUCAUGGGUUCCGCCUUGUAAACACCAAGUGCAUGUCUUUGGUUGAUACAUGGAAAAAAAUUCAGCACUCGAAUAUCGUCACCUUACGAGAAAUGUUUACCACCAAAGCUUUUGGAGAACAUUCCCUUGUGUUUGCAUAUGAUUUUCAUGCUGGAAGUGAAACAAUGAUGAGCCGGCAUUUUAAUGACCCAAGUGCAGAUGCUUAUUUCACAAAACGGAAAUGGGGGCAGCACGAUGGUCCAUUACCUCGUCAACAUGCUGGUCUGCUUCCUGAAUCCCUCAUUUGGGCUUAUAUUGUCCAGCUAAGUUCCGCCUUGAGAACAAUUCACACAGCAGGCUUGGCAUGCCGCGUUAUGGAUCCAACAAAAAUUCUUAUUACUGGGAAAACAAGGCUGCGGGUCAACUGUGUUGGAAUCUUUGACGUUUUGACAUAUGAUGGAAGUCAGAAUAAUCCAGUGGCUUUAAUGCCUCAAUACCAGCAAGCGGACCUGAUCUCAUUAGGGAAGGUCGUAUUGGCUUUGGCCUGCAACUCCCUGGCAGGAAUCCAACGUGAGAAUCUGCAGAAAGCUAUGGAACUUGUCAACAUCAACUACUCCUCUGACUUAAAAAAUCUUAUUCUGUACUUGCUGACUGAACAGAACAGGAUGCGCAGCGUCAAUGACAUCAUGCCAAUGAUUGGUGCUAGAUUUUAUACCCAGUUGGAUGCUGCUCAGAUGCGCAAUGAUGUCAUAGAAGAGGACCUUGCAAAGGAAGUACAGGAUGGACGGUUGUUCAGACUUCUGGCAAAACUGGGAACAAUUAAUGAGAGACCAGAGUUCCAGAAAGACCCAGCCUGGUCAGAAACUGGGGACAGAUACUUGCUCAAGCUCUUUAGGGAUCAUCUUUUCCAUCAGGUGACAGAAGCUGGGACUCCAUGGAUCGACCUCAGUCAUAUUGUGUCUUGUCUUAACAAGUUAGAUGCUGGCGUACCAGAAAAAAUCAGCCUCAUUUCCAGGGACGAGAAGAGUGCACUUGUGGUGACUUACAAUGAUCUUAAACGCUGCUUUGAAAAUACCUUUCAGGAACUGGUCGCAGCCGCAAACGGGCAGUUGUAGUAUUUGCUGAUGAGCAUGCGGGGCAUUGCUUAGGAACUCAACCAAUAGCAAAUUGCACUACAGCUGGUUUGUUGCCGUCAUUGUCAUCUCAUUUCACCAUUGGGAAUCAAACAGGAGACGAGCGAAGCUGCUUGCACUUCAGUCAGGUACACUGUUACUUGGAAGGAAGAAUGUUUCAUUUAUCCUAGAGCUAUGGCUGCCAACGGAGGCUUUAUCUGUGAAGAAUUUUAUUUUAAAUAAUGGAGCGUCAUCGGAUGAAUGAUGUUCCUGCUUUUAUUUUUCCACUUGCAUAUGCACUAAUUUUAAUUUUAAGACUAUCUGACCUUUUGAAGGCAAUUUCUUCUUCCUUUAUUUUUUUUUUUUUUAUCCUCCACCCUCCGCCAUGUAUAAACAUCUAACCAAGGACACUGGUUUGCCAUCAAGAAAAAGACGACAAUAAUUAUAUCUUGUGCCCCAGUGGUGUAUAAGGACCAGGCAGAGGAGUGAUUUCACAUACACUGCUGUUUUACAGACUUUUUUUCAAUCUAGAAAUGAUAUAUAGAAGGUCUUUCCCAUCCCCCCACUGGCCUUCAAUUGCUACCAAAUGGAUUGUGAGGACAUAGGAAUAAAGUAAAGACACACAAACACACACAUGAACUAAUAUGGUAGACACCUGUGCUGUUGCUCAUGCUCACUACCGGACUUCGGCUCUUUAAGGAUGUGCAUUUAAAUGUGGGUUUCUAUAAAAGAAACGCAGCCAGCGCCCUAUUGCAGUCUCUGUACAUAGGAUCUCCUGCUUGCCUGGCACAUACAUGACAUUUUUGUUUCCUCUAUUCCUUAGAAGAACCACAGCUUUAUAAGGUACCAUACACUGGAUACUGAGACUCCCAGAUGCAGCAAUUUCCUGCCCCUGCGAGCGUGUGCAAUUCCUAGAAAGUGAUUGGUUUUGCCUCUUGCAGUACAACAACUCACUGUUCCCCCUACCAUGUUUGUAUCCCUCUCAACUAUCCGUUUUGUUAAAAAAAAACGAGAAAAAAAAAACGAUAUAUUUUUGUCUCCUUGCUAAAAGUAGCUGUAAAUCGACACAACGUAUUCACUGAAUUUCUUGCAGAAUAACUGAAUAUUUUUUAUUGCCAAAAGUAAGAUUUUUUGCUCUUAGAGGCUUCAUUUCUAAAGGGUUUUGUUCUUUUGGGAUGGGGUUAGGGUGGUCUUCUGAGUAUUUAUAUCAUAAAACUGAUGCUCAGCAACAGGAACGACCGACUGAGUAUUGCGGCUGAAAUAAACUACUUUUUUUAAAUGAAAAGAAAAGCUUUACUAUAAGGUUGUGCUUUCACGUACGGAAGAACCAGGCCGCCGUCCUUCAUGCUUCACGACAUUGUAGGAGAACGCAGAUUCUUUUUGUAAUCGUCCUUAACUGAGAAGCGAGAGUGCAGCCUUACGAGGAUAACGUUUGCCACAUGGUGUUAUAUGGGUUUUUUUUUUUAUGUACAAGAAAUUCCGCCUUUGAGGAGAUAAAUGAGCAAGAACAGUGUUUUAUCAUUAGCCUACGUAAGAUCACAAGAGAAGCAGCUGUCUUUUUUUUUUUUUUUUUAUGUUUUUGGAAAAAAAAGUAUCAUAUGGGAGUUUUUUGUAAAAAAAGAGAUACUUGUAUUCUACAAAAGAGAUGCUUAAUUUAUAAGCGGACUGCAUUUACACUUUGUUUUUUCCAUUUGUUAAUUCUGUUCUGCUGUAAGGACCUGACGCGUGCUCACCACUUACAGGGAUUUCCAGCAUAUUAUAAAGGGGAUCAUACAUGUCCAUGUCGGUGUUUGGAAGUACUUAUACAUAUAUACCUAGUGGGGGGGGGGUUCUCCGUUUUAUUUUAUUUUUCCUUUUGGGACCAAUAUUUUAGAAGAAAGCAGAAUGGCAGGCUUUCAACCAGCAUAACAAUCUUGGUGUUUAUGGGAGGGGAAAAAAUCAAAUGAAAUACUGCUGCCGGCUUAUUUGCUUUAAUCCAUACUUUUAUCUCAGGAUUAAAACAAGAGCGAUUUUAUAUAGGUAUGUUUGGUCCAUGCACACAGUCAGAAUCCGAAAACCCACCAGAUACCAUACUUCUCUUUUACGCCAAUCCGAACCAACCAACCACACACAGUUAAACGAGAUUCUUUAUAACUCAACUCUUAAUGAGUAGCAAUAACCCGCUGCCAACGCAAGUCGUGCCGUCCCGAAAACAGUGGACAGAAUCGGGUGCAGCAUCGCCCCGACAGAUACAAAAGCACAGGAAGAAACAAUGUUCCAAAACAUUUAAGCAAAAAAAAAAAAAAUCAUGAGGUGUUUCUUUUAAAUUUUUUUGUACAUGUUUUAAAUUUUAUUUUCUCUUUGUGUAAAUAUUUUGGGUACUUUUUUUCCCCUCUCUAUUGCAUCUUCAGCUUCCUUUAUAAUGUACUUUUUUUUUUUUCUAUUGUCAUGAUCCCCAAAUGUUACCCAUCAUUUUUGUUUUCACGUGUACAGCAGUAUUUUUUAAUAAAGGUUAAAAUAAAUCAA